ACUUGUGAUGUCAUCAGUCUGCGACAGAACACGCGCACGGGCAUGUCAGCACGGCAUGUUGGAGCAGAUGGUGUAUCUGUGUUAAAAUGUCUACAUAGACUGGUCAGUUGUUUACAAUUACACAGUAGUUGUUUUAGAAAGAGACGUGUACCUGGUGACAUUUCUUCACUGUGGGAUGGAAUUGAUGUUAGCGGUACUAUAACGCGAUGUAAACAGCUCCGGCGAGAUUUCCACACCGCAGUCAGUGUUUUCAGAGCAGAGUACUACAGAAAUAAGUUCAGCAUCAUGGAGAGCAAAGAGUUAAACACUGCAGAAAUGGGAAAGGAGCAAGAAUUGAGUGUGAGUGAGAGCAAAGAAGUGAAGGAAAGCUGCAAGAAAAGGAAAAGCGAAGACCCUGAAGAACAUGAGAGAAACAGACGGGGUAAGAAGAGAAAGGGAAGCAAACAGAUGAAAGCUGGGGAUAGAUAUGUUCCUCCACCACAAAAGCGCAAUCCUGGAGUGAGUUUUAACCAAGAACACUUUGCAGAAACCUCCUACUAUUUUGAAGCAGGACUUAGAAAAGUGCACCCUUAUUAUUUCGAUUUUAAGACUUACUGUAAGGGACGCUGGAUUGGUAAAACCCUGUUAGAAGUUUUCAGCAGUGAAUUUCGAGCAGAACCUCUAGACUACUAUAAGAAAGCAGUCAAAGAGGGACGCAUUCGACUGAAUGAGAUACCUGUGGACGACCUGAAUAUAACCCUGAAGAACAAUGACUUCAUGAGGAACACCGUGCAUCGCCAUGAGCCCCCUGUCAUUGGGCAGCCACUGCAGGUCUUAGUGGAUGAUGGUGAAGUGGUGGUGGUAGACAAACCCGCCUCUCUGCCCGUACAUCCGUGUGGCCGCUAUCGCCACAACACCGUCAUCUUCAUUUUGGGGAAAGAGAGAGGUCUGUGCGGUCUUCACACCGUGCACCGUCUCGAUCGCCUCACCUCAGGCAUCCUGCUGUUUGCUCGCACUCUGGAGACGUCCAAGAAACUGGACCAGAUGGUUCGGGAUCGACAGUUGGAGAAGGAGUAUGUUUGUCGUGUGGAGGGGGAGUUUCCUGACAACGAGGUUGUGUGUGAAGAACCAAUUCUGGUAGUCUCAUUCAAGGUGGGUGUCUGCAGGGUGGAUCCCAAAGGCAAAGACUGUCGCACAGUUUUCCAGAAACUCGGUUAUAAUGGGCGCUCUAGCGUGGUGCGCUGCCUCCCACUCACUGGGCGCACGCACCAGAUCCGCGUGCAUCUCCAGUAUUUAGGCUUCCCCAUCCUCAAUGACCCCAUUUAUGGCUCUUCUGCUUGGGGCCCGAACAGAGGCAAAGGAGGCCUGGUGGGUAAAAAUGAUCAGGAGCUGCUGGAAGCUCUUAUUGAGGAGCACCGUUCCAAGGAGAGUUUGCACCUCUUGGAUAUCUCUGAUGAAGUGUUAUCUGGAAAGGGCGAGCCUAAUGUGGGCACCAGUGGCGGUGCUCUGGUUGACAAUGCACUGACAGUCAUGACUGAAUCUGUAAACACUGCAUGUGAAGAAUCAACUGCAAGUACUACUUCAAAUGACAAGGAAGCAGAAACGAAUACUAUACAGGCAAAAGAGAGCAGUUAUCACUCUGAGGAAAUAUCCAGAACUGCAAACACGAUCAAGACAGUCAGAGAUCAUUUAUGUUCGGAGUGUAAAAUUGUCCGACCUGACCCUACAGAGAAGGAGCUAGUCAUGUAUCUGCAUGCAUUACGCUACAAGGGGCCUGACUUUGAGUAUUCCACACAAUUGCCUGAUUGGGCUAAAGAAGACUGGGUGCAGGAUUGAAAUCUUUUUUUUUUUUUUUAAUGUUAUUUCCUGUUCUUUAUGAAUAUUUAAUCUGUAAAAAAAGAGUGAAUAGAAUAUGGUUGACCUUUGGAUUUGCAUCUGAAAUUAGAACUUUGAUCUAUCCUUUACGUGAAGAUUUCAGUAAAAACAGCUUUAAGUGAAAAUGUAAAAUUUCUGAAACCAUUCAAAAAGCUGAGUAAAAAAAAUCUUUGGAAAUAGAGACACCACUAUAUGAAGUUAUUCAGACACUUGUAUUCUCCAUUUUCUGUGAUCCAGGUCAUGGCUCAGUAAAAUAUAAAUCUUUAUUGACUUUCUCAGUCACAUUUACAUAAUAGUUCAUUCUUAAUACUUUAAAUCUGACAUCACAUAUUGACAUAAAACAAUUUUAGAACAUCAUGUUUCUCAAAUGUGACAUCACUUUGUUUAUAACAAAUAAUUGUUAUUUUUACAUUUGGCACUUUGAACACUAGAAAGGUAUGACAGCAUUCCAGACAUUUUGGUUGCUGGCAUACUAACAAAACAUUGACCUCAGUUUAAUAAAAUGUAGUAAAUGGACUACAAACAAUAUUCAACAAUGCAGCCAUUAGUAAUCCAGUUCAGUGUGUGAAUGCAUGAUAAAUUGGCCUGCACCAUUAGUGGCACAAAUAUGGCAAAAGGUCCAAUUCUUUAAUUAAAAGAGUUUAGUUUUUUUUGUUGUUGUUUUUUAAUUAAAUGGCUUUUUAUCUUU